AUGUCAAGACUUAAUAAGAACUGGAACAGUUUGUACUCUUACAACCAAGGUACUGUCUACCUACAUUUGAAAAACAAUGACUUGCUCCAACUACGGUUCGACUUGAAUGGACUGUUUACUGAUGAAAGCAAUUUACAAAAUAAUCAACAAGUGACAGCAUUGACACCACCACCAAACAAUUCGACGUUGUUUAUUUUAAAUGACGAAUUAUAUGGGUUAAAGAAAAGCGAAUCGAGUCAAGACAGUGAUAUAUGUGGCGAUGGAAGUUUUUCUAUUGUAAAGUUUGACGACGAUUCAUGGGACAAUGAAAUUGAGUUGGACUUUAACAAAGUAGCUGACUCAUCGUUUUAUCAAUAUUCGACUGUCUUAACUAAUAGCGAUACUUCAGACUUGUUAUACAUCUAUGGUGGAUUAUGUGGACAAACUAAUGAAUCGACAAACAGAUUGGUGUCGGUCAAUGUAUCAUCGGGCCAAGUCAAUAAUAUUACCACAUCAACUAAACCACAACCGUUUUAUGGAGCCUCCAAUAUUCUUGCACCAAAUGUUCAAUCACAACUAAUAAUUGGUGGUGAACUGAAUAGCGGGUGGUUAAAUAUGUACCAGCUAGCGACAUGGGAUUUUAGUUCCGGCUGGUCAUUCAGGCAAGUUAACAAGGUUGAUGAUACUACGAUCAACUCAAGAACUUUCCCUUUAACCCUUCCACUAUUCAAGCCACUCACAGCUUCCGACAAUGUUUCUAACAACUUUCGCAUUGAUGAAGUGUUGAUGAUUGGUGGUGAUCUUGGCAGUGAGGAAAGCACACCAAAAUAUGCCAAAUUGCAAAUGAAUAGUAAUGACUGGACCUGGAAUGCAACGGAAGCGGAAGGGUUUCAACUAGGUGAAGUAUUGGGUGCUGCAACUUUAUUUUCGACAUUGGUGAUUAUCAACUCCACGAGAGAUUUAAAGGAUAAGCGUAUGGUUAGUCAAGGAUACCAGGUCAAUCUAUACGAUGUUGAUACUUUUGAACCAGUGAGUAAUGUAAAGGAAAAUACCAAGCUACUAGAAACUACAAGUGAUUCCCGCCCAAGUAAUAGCUCCAACAAUAAAGAAAAGAUUAUCUUAGGAACAGUACUACCGAUUUUUUUUGUGUCAUUGAUUACGGGGAUUCUUGUAUUUUUUUAUAUAUACAAGCGCAAGAAAUCAAAAUCACCAGAAGAAAACUCGGCUUAUAAUGAAAUUGAUUACAAGUUUGACUACGUUGACCCACCAGCUUCGUUUACGGCUGGUAACCAUCAUCACCUAUCACCACUAUAUCUACAUGAUAAUGACUCAAAUUCAACAUUGAGUGGUGCUGCAUCAAUUGAUUCUUGGAUGAAAAAGAGACAAGAUUUUGAUAGAAGUCGAUUGAGGAAUAGUUAUCUUGCUUCAAAUGAAACAUUACAGACUGUUGAUGAUGAAGUAAGUAGUCGUGCUAGUGAAGAACAUCAACGAGACGAAGAGAUGUUAGAAGUGAAAAAUGUACGGCCUAGUUUGGAUCCAAAUAACCCAUUUGUGCAUAAAUCUGUGCGUAAUUUACGCAAAUCAUUCAGUUUUUCUCAAACUCCACCAACUAGCCCUGUAAUGAAGAAUGAACAAGUUAAGCUCAAGAGUAAGCGAUUGACCAAGACGGAGCAUUUAAUGGGAAAUGCAUUGAUUGAUGAUGAAGGUGCAGAAGACGAUAAACUCGUCAAAGGUGUUUUAAUACCACACCAUGAAUCAAACUCUGAACUUACGUCAAUUGAUGAUAAGAUGGACGUGCAGGUGUUAGUCAGUAGUAAAAGAAGAUCAAUUUUGAAAAUUAUGAAUCCAGAUACUGCUAAUGGUGAUGAUGAAACGGGUAUUACUCACUAUGAGCUGCUGCUGCAAAUCGAUAAUGAAGGAGACGCUACCCAUAAUGAAGAAGCAGAUCGGAGCCAGGGCGACGUGGAGCACGUGAACGACGAAUAUACAAAUCUUAGACAGAGAAUACCAUCUGGCUCGAAGGAGUAA